CGCCUGCGCGGCAGACUCGACUUGACUCCCUCAUGCCAAUGUGGCGCGAAGCAAAGCACCAGAUGUGCACUCGAUAUAACAUCUCUUCAUACUUUGCCCAUGCUCAUCAUCCCCCCACCCCACGCCCCGGCGCAGAGACACCUCGACGCCCAAGCCCCCUGUCGCCUGCCGCCCCGACAGAAGCCCCCGGCAGCCAACCGCGGUGGUGUUCUUGGCUCUCUGCUGCCCGUCGUGGGUCCUGCACCUGCUCCUCGCUAUUACUUCUCUUGUCGGAUCCAUCUGGGCUGGACUGGACUCUGGCAGGUGACAGGCAGACAUACAUACAUGCAUGCAUCAUACUCGGCGCAGCCUGGCUAUAUAUAUUUCGACUGUGCGAUGAAGACACUGCGUCUCACCGUACCAUCGGCGUCCCCACUUUUUCGCUACGGCUGCUGCUCUCCGUGAUCUGAGCGAACAGCAGUGCAGCGCUUUCAGCAGUCUUUUCUCGGUGAGGGCUGAUCGAC